AUGUUUCCUCGUCAAAAAGAAGUGGUAUCUGCUUUUUUGAUCAAGACUCGCUUACCUUCUGAAAUACCGCGCCGAAUGCGGCAUCUGAAGGAAAUUUCUUUAUGGAAGGCUACGGAGUUAAGAACCUUUUUGCAUUACAUUAGUGUUGUGGUGCAUAAAAACUUCAUGCAGAUUAAAGCAUACAGCCAUUACUUGCUUUAUUUUUGCGGUAUUACCAUCUUAAGUACAAUGGAAUACAAACACCUUUUUCCACUAGCAAAAAAGAUGCUUGAUAAAUUUGUUAAAGAUUUCAGUAAAUACUAUGGCUUGUCACAUUUAGCAAGUAAUAUACACAACUUGGAGCACGUUGCUGAAGAUGUUGAGCGAUUGGGACCACUUGACUCAUAUUCAGCAUAUGAAUUUGAGAACAAUAUGCGGUUUAUAAAACCGUGUGUUCGAUCGGGGACAAAAAUUGUGGAACAGGUUGCUGACGUAGAUAUUGGUUCUAGAAGGAUAGAAUUGCCUCCUACUUGCAUUAAAUGUAAAUUAGUACCCGUUUUCCUUCCCAGUCGUCCUCUUUCCCAGCUCUCCGUGCAACGCUCAUCUCAACCCAAUUCAUUAUAA